AUGGCUACAACGAAUAAGAAGUUGCAAAAAAUUAUGACCCAACCCAUAAACCAAAUAUUUAGGUUUUUUACGAAUAAAACGAUUGUGCAAAUUUGGCUUUAUGAUAAACCAGACACCAGAAUUGAGGGGAAAAUACUGGGUUUUGACGAAUACAUGAACAUGGUUUUAGACGAGUCAAAAGAAGUUUCAGUGAAGAAAAAUUCAAAAAAAGAGCUAGGUAAAAUUUUGCUAAAGGGAGACACAAUAACCUUAAUAAUGGAAGCAAAAAAAGAACAACAAAGUUAA